UAGCCUGCGGCCACCACCUGCACACGCCCAUGUUCUUCUUCCUGCUCAACCUGGCCCUCAGCGACCUGGGCUCCAUCUGCACCACUGUCCCCAAAGCCAUGCACAAUUCCCUCUGGGACACCAGCACCAUCUCCUACUCAGGAUGUGUUGCUCAGUUAUUUAUUUUAGUGUUUUUCAUCUCAGCAGAGUUUUCCCUCCUGACCAUCAUGUGCUACGACCGCUACGUGUCCAUCUGCAAAGCCCUGCACUACGGGACCCUCCUGGGCAGCAGAGCUUGUGCCCACAUGGCAGCAGCUGCCUGGGCCAGUGCCUUUCUCACUGCUCUCAUGCACACAGCCAAUACAUUUUCCCUGCCCCUGUGCCAUGGCAAUGCCCUGGGCCAGUUCUUCUGUGAAAUCCCACACAUCCUCAAGCUCUCCUGCUCACACUCCAAACUCAGGGAACUUGGGCUUUUUGUGCUGAGUGCUCUUCUAUAUUUUGCUUGUUUUGUGUUCAUUGUUUUCUCCUAUGUGCAGAUCUUCAGGGCCGUGCUGAGGAUCCCCUCUGAGCAGGUACAAGGACGGCACAAAGCCUUUUCCACCUGCCUCCCUCACCUGGCUGUGCUCUCCCUGUUUAUCAGCACUGGCACAUUUGCCUACCUGAAGCCCCCUUCCAUGUCCUCCCCAUCCCUGGAUCUGGCCCUGUCAGUUCUGUACUCGGUGGUGCCUCCAGCCCUGAACCCCCUCAUCUACAGCCUGAGGAACCAGGAGCUCAAGGAUGGCAUGAGAAAAAUGAUGACUGUAUCUUCAGAAGCAUUAAACUCUCUUUUCUGCUGCAGAGCUUUCAGAAUGUAACUCUUCACAA